AUGUAUCGAUUUGUUCUUCAACUCCUUGCAGUCGCAUUACCGGCUGUUGCUUCUGUGGUCCAGACAUGCAAACGUCUCGAUGCUCAGAUCCCAGGUCGUGUCUUCUACCCAGACAGCACGACAUACAAUUCAUCAAUUUCUUCUUACUACAGUGGUCAGGAACGCAACUUGAACCCUAGUUGUAUUUUCAGGCCCACAAAAACCUCUGAAGUUUCCCAGUUUAUCAAGUUGGUGACUGACUGCGGAGAUACCAAGUUCGCUGUUCGAGGUGGUGGUCAUACUCUCUGGACUGGCGCCGCAAAUAUUGACGACGGUAUCACGGUUGAUAUGCGUUCACUCAAUGGUUUUGAUUUGAGCAAGGAUCAUAAAAUCGCCCGUCUCGGAGGUGGUGCCAUUUUCAGUGACGUCUACCCCAAGCUCGUGCCUUUUAACUUGACUGUCAUGGGUGGUCGUGUCCCAGGCAUUGGAACAGGAGGUUUCGUCACCGGCGGUGGUAUCACGUUUUUAUCACGCAGACACGGUUACAGCUGUGAUAAUGUCUAUGGCUACGAAGUUGUUCUUGCGAGCGGCAAAGUCGUUUAUGCCACCGAAAGUUCCUAUCCUGACCUCUGGCUCGCCCUUAAAGGCGGCUCUAACAAUUUUGGUAUCGUUACCCGCUUUGAUCUUGCCACUUUUCCUCUGGGAAACAUGUGGUAUAGCGACCUCAGCUACAACUACACCGAUAGCGUAUUGUUGGCUCAUGCUAAGGCUUUCAGUAACUUUAUGAAGCCUGUCAACUACGACAGUGCCGCUAUGAUGGGAGUAUUCUUGUAUUACACAGGUCAGGGUUUUGGUGUAUCUGACGCUAUGUGGUAUGUUGAAGAUGUUGCAAACCCAGCUGUUUACGACGCUUUCACAAAGAUCCCCAACCUAGGUGGCACAUCGGAGUUAGCCACCGUAGAUAAAGUCGUGGAAACAUUCGGCGAGAAUCUUCCUGCGACCACCGGCCGCUCAUACCAACUCACCUUGACUUUCCAAAACCCCCCUGCUGCUAUCUACACGGAACUAUUCCAAAUUUGGGAGAAACGCAUCACAGCCCUCGCAAAUGUCAAGGGACUAUUCAUCGAGUUCCUCUUACAGCCACAACCUGUCACUAAUGGUACCAAUAUGUUUGGCCUCGCUGCUGGGAAGACCGACGAUGUGCUCAUCGAUAUGACGGCUGCCUAUGAUAACGAGUCUGACGAUUCGUUAGUUGCAUCAGUUAUUAAUGACAUUGUAAAGAAGCAGCGGGCAUUCUUGAAGUCGCGCGGAUACCUCCUCGACUUUAUAUACCUCAACUACGCUGAUAUUUCACAGAACGUACUUAGCACCUGGGGUAAAACUAGUCUCACCAAACUCCAGGCAGUCAGCAAGAAAUAUGACCCCAAGGGUGUGUUCCAAAAGAAAUCUCCUGGUGGCUAUAAGCUCUUCAAGUAA